AUUUCAAUCAGGGGAGGUGACUUAAACCUGAGCUCAUGUCGGACCACGUGUCUUCCAGAGCGUUCGAGCCCGAGGAUGGCGCCAAACCUGCGGACAACCACUGCUUCUUCUCCCUGGUGGAUCAUCGUCCUCAUCUCAGUCUCCAUGCUCGCAGAGAGCCAGUUAGUGCACAACAACCUCAGCCCCACCUGGAGCCACAGCUACACCCGGCCCGCGGUGUCUGCGGCCCAACAGCAGCAGCACAGCCCGGAGCUCGGUGCGCGGCCUCGGCCUGUGGUGGUCAGGUGCCAUCCGGACUCCAUGGAGGUCGUGGUGCAGGCGGACUUGUUCGAUACGGGCCUCCAGGUGGACGGCAGACACCUGCGGCUUGGUUCGGACCCAGCAACCGAAUACAGUGCGUGUAGCGCGGCCCAGUCAGGAGAGGCCGAAUUUACCAUCCGGGCCCAUCUCAUGGACUGUGGCAUCAAACUCUCAUCGACCAAAGAAAAGAUAAUCUAUUCUACUACUCUCAUCUACUUGCCUGAAACCUCCCCUCAUGGUUUGCAUCGAUUGGAUGGUGCAACAAUUCAAGUUGAAUGCCAUUAUGAGAAGAGGUAUGCUGUGGAUGGCAUUUCUCUGCAGCCCACCUGGAUUCCUCUUGUUUCCACAACCUCAGCUGAAGACCAGAUCGAUUUCAAUCUGCGAAUCAUGACUGAAGACUGGCAGUUUGAGAGGGCAUCGUACUCAUAUUUCCUGAGUGACCCCAUUCACUUUGAAGUCUCGGCCAUCCUUGGUAACCACAUGCCCCUGCGAGUCUAUGUUGACCACUGUGUUGCCACAGCAACCCCUGAUGCAGAGGCAAAAAUAAAAUACGACUUUAUUGAGCAUUAUGGGUGUCUUACUGAUGCUUACCUGACAAACUCCAGCUCACAUUUCCUACCAAGAGGUGAGGAGCACAAGCUGAGAUUUCAGCUGGAUGCAUUCAGGUUUUACCAAGAGCCCAAAAACCAGGUCUACAUAACCUGCUACGUGAAGGCUGUUCCUGUCACAUCAACUGUCAGCUCACAAAACAGGGCCUGCUCUUUGAUUGAGAACAGAUGGAGGUCAGUUGAAGGGAAUGACCAGGAAUGUAGAAGCUGCGACAUCUCCCACCGGAUUGAGGAGCCUCCACUCACCGAGGCCCCCAAAGCUAUCGCCAGCUCACAAGCCUUGUCCAACAUGAUUCCACAGGAAAGUUCAGUCCAGAACAGACCUGAACAACCCCCAGCCAGUUACAUGCGUUUCCGACCAGGAGUGCAGGUGAGGCAGCUCGACAGACCUCAAUCUUCUGCGAGAUUAAUGAAGAGAGGAACAGAGCAAAAUGCAGAAAGAACUCUACACCUGGGACCCCUCAGUGUGCUCCCAUCCAGCAAAUCUGUAUCAAGGCCAACAAAUCCAAGAACUAUGCUUUCACCAAAGAACAAGACCACCUGACACUGAGGGUGGUACACUGGAACAAUAAUUCCACUGCUGCUGUGAACAGGUCAACAUCAUUUGAAUCUCACCUUACUUGAAAUCAUUUUUCCUGCAAAUUUUCCUUUUAAGCAUUUUCAAUGUAACCAUUUUUAUGUACUUCAAAUGGUAUUUAUUAUUUUUAUAGUUAUUUUCUGUAAAAUAAAUAUUACCACAUAAAA